UCCUCUUUCGUCAUUUCCCCGCGCUCGUCCCUGCUCUGUCCUCCAGGCUCCAGCUCUGCGUUUUUUUUCUUUUCAAAACUCUGGCCCUUCCUUCUCCGAAAACCCAUUUCCAUAAUUUCCAUCUCCGUCUCCAAAAGCCAAUUUUCACGAGCUAAAAAGGGUCAAAUAAUCGAACCCAGAACGUUGAACCCAUUGAAUGUUUCGAUUUGAAUACGUAUACAUUCAACCCUUCGGAAAAUAUCAAGUUUCCUCCAAGGGUAAAGGUCGGUGCUUUUUUGAUAUAUAUCUUGUUUAUAGGUAGUGUUUGUGUCUCGAAAUCAAAACGCUUUGGGCUUUGGCUCUGCUGGUGUCCCCGCCAUUAGGAAGACUUCAUUUCUUCUUCUCCGGUGUGGUGUUGUCGUUCUGUUUGCUUGAGAUUUACGUUACAAUGAAGAGAAUCUGAAACAUAUCAUACUGCGAUUUCUCGUGAUAUUUCGAAGAUGGAUUCGGUGAAACCAUCAGCAGUGACUCCAUCUAAGAGUAGAUUGGCGCGUACUUUUGCUAAAGUUCUUCAUCUUCGAGCCGCGACUGGCAUUGCCCCGGUCGAUGGGAUUCAGAAGGUUAAGUCCCAAGAAUUUGGAAUUCCGAAGGUCAAGUCCCAAGAAUUCGGUAUUCCGAAGGUCAAGUCUCAAGACAGUGGAAUUCAGAAGGUGAAAUCCCAGGAAAUUGGGAUUCAGAAAGUCAAGUCCCUAGAAAAGGUCAAGGAUGAAAGGAAUGCUGGUAAGGUUUGGGUUGAUCGGUCUCGGUCAUUUGACAAGGCUAAUGAGAAGCUUCAGGAAAGAGCUGCCCUGGAAGCUCUUCUUGCAAAACUGUUUGCCAGCGUUUCAUCUGUUAAAGCUGCUUAUGCCCAGCUACAGUAUGCUCAGUCUCCUUACGAUGGUGAAGGAAUUCAAGUUGCGGAUAAAGUGGUAGUCUCCGAGUUGCAGAACUUGUCUGAGUUGAAGCGGUGUUUCUUUAAAAAGCAGUUUGAUCCUUCACCAGAACGCACGCUGGUGCUAGCUGAGAUUGAGGAGCAGAAGAGUGUCCUAAAAACCUAUGAAAUUAUGGAGAAAAAGUUGGAAUCUCAGGUGAGGCUCAAGGACUCUGAAAUUGUAUUUCUUGGAGAAAAGUUAGACGAAGCCAAGAGUCAGAAUAAGUUGCUUGAAAAGAGAUUAAACCAAAGUGGGCAGCUACACGUGUUUGAUAAUCUUCAUUUAUCUGGUUUAAGUCCUAGCCAUUUCGUUACAGUUCUUCGACACAUGGUCAAGUACAUCCGGACUUUUGUUAGGAUGAUGAUGGAUGAAAUGAAAUCUUCUGGUUGGGAUAUUCAUGCAGCAGCUAAAGCUAUUGACCAGGAUGUGGUUUAUUGGAAAGAAGACCACAAAUGUUUUGCAUUUGAAUACUUUGUUUGCAGGGAAAUGUUUGAUGCUUUUCAAUACCCCAACUUCUCACUUCCAAAUGAAUCGUUGCCAGAUAAAAAGAAACAACAGCAACAGCUCUUUUUUGUGAGAUUCACUGAACUCAAAUCCAUGAAAGCAAAGGAGUAUCUUGCCCAGAAUCCUAGAUCAGCAUUUGCCAAAUUCUGUCGUGUCAAGUACUUACGAGUGGUUCAUCCCAAGAUGGAAACAUCGUUUUUCGGUAAUCUGAAUCAAAGAAAUCUGGUUAAUGCAGGAGAGUUUCCAAGCUCUAAUUUCUUUAUUUCAUUUGCUGAAAUGGCUAAGAGGGUCUGGCUCCUGCAUUGCUUGGCCUUCUCCUUCAACCCCGAGGCUGCAAUCUUUCAAGUAAGCAAGGGAUGCCGAUUUUCAGAAGUCUACAUGGAAAGCUUAGCUGAGGAAGCGUUCCUUUCAACAGCAUCUGAACCACAAGUGGGGUUCACAGUUGUUCCGGGAUUCAAACUUGGUAAAACUGUUAUUCAAUGCCAAGUUUAUCUCUCUCCGUCACAAUCCACUCCAAGAAAGCCAAGGUAGGCCAUUGAUCAAUGAUCAUUCACCAAUCGCCGAAUCGAGUUGAUCAUCGGCUAAACUCGGGCCCACAACAUCUGGUUUAUCAUAUAAUGAACUUGUAAGGCCGUCUUGUCAUUUGAUUUUACUGAUUUUAACUUGGUGAGGGAGAGGGAAAUGGUCUGUCUGGUUGGUUGGUUUUGCUGUGGGGACUUCCAACUUGGUCACAUUGGAGAUUUCUUAAUCCAUUUGUUUUUCUUGCCCCAUUUUGAAAAAAGGAAAGCGCGUGGACCGUUGUGUUGGAAGCUAGCUUUUGAAUCUUUCUUUAGUUUUAUUAUUUCUUCCAAGGACAUCCCACAAUUUUGUUAAUAUUAGGUCAGUGACAGAGGGAUUGUCUAGCUGUUUUGCAUCAUUGUUACCGGACAUGGCAUGUUUUAAUAAUGUAAAUAAUAAUUUAUAGGUGGAAUUUUUUAUAUUCCUAUUCU